AAAGCGAGGGGAAGCCGAAGCCAAGCCGAGCCCGGCCAGGGAGGAGAAGAGGGAGGGGGGCGGUUGAGAGAUCUGGGCUCAGGGCGGAGAGGGGGAGCCCGGGUGGGCAGCCCCCUCCCCCUGCUCCCGCGCGGCGCAAGCAGGCAGGACUGCCGGGGCGGGGCAGGCGGGCGGGGCGGGGCAGAGCUGGCUGGGAACAUCAUGGCUACUCUGGCCAACGGGCUAGCGCAGCAACAACCUCCCCCCGGGCCCCCGCCCCCGCCGCCGCCGCCUCCUCCCCCGCCUCCGCCGCCGCAGGCGGAGAGCGCUGCCUUCAGCACCACGAACAGCUCCGGGAGGAUGAACGGGCUGACGACGCCGACGCACGGCCAGGGGGGCACCAUCGCCAUGAAGGACCACGAUGCCAUCAAGCUCUUCAUCGGGCAGAUCCCGCGCAACCUGGAGGAGAGCGACCUGAAGCCGCUCUUCGAGGAAUUCGGGAAGAUCUACGAGCUCACCGUCCUCAAGGACCGCUUCACCGGCAUGCACAAAGGCUGUGCCUUUCUUACAUAUUGUGCCCGGGACUCAGCCCUCAAAGCCCAGAGUGCACUGCAUGAGCAGAAGACAUUGCCUGGGAUGAAUCGCCCAAUCCAAGUGAAGCCAGCAGACAGCGAGGGUCGAGAGGGCCAUAGUGUGUCCAGGCAGCCCCCCAAAAACAGGAAGCUCUUUGUGGGCAUGCUGGGGAAGCAGCAGAGCGAGGACGACGUCCGGAGACUCUUUGAGCCCUUUGGCCAGAUUGAAGAAUGCACCAUCCUCAGAGGCCCUGAUGGAGCCAGUAAAGGAUGUGCCUUUGUCAAAUACGGGAGUCAUGCAGAGGCCCAAGCCGCUAUCAGUAGUCUCCACGGCAGCCAGACCAUGCCGGGAGCGUCGUCCAGCCUGGUGGUGAAGUUUGCUGACACAGACAAGGAGAGGACCCUUCGGCGGAUGCAUCAGAUGGCAGGACAGCUGGGGAUCUUUAAUCCAAUGACGAUCCAGUUUGGGGCCUACGGGGCAUAUACGCAAGCGCAGCAGGCAGCACUGAUGGCUGCAGCACAAGGAACUUGCCUCAACCCCAUGGCGGCCAUUGCGGCGGCCCAGAUGCAGCAGAUGGCUGCCUUCAAUGUCAGCGGGUUGGUCGCUGCUCCCAUGACACCCUCAUCAGGUACAAGCACACCUCCAGGGAUCAGCACAGCCCCUGUCCCCAGCAUAGCCACACCCAUCGGGGUAAAUGGAUUCAGCCCUCUCCCACCACAGACCAAUGGGCAGCCAGCAUCAGAAACUAUUUAUACCAAUGGAAUCCAUCCAUACCCAGCUCAAAGUCCCACUGUGGCAGACCCCCUCCAACAAGCCUACGCAGGCAUGCAGCACUAUGCAGCAGCAUACCCAGCCGCCUAUGCACCAAUCAGCCAGGCCUUCCCCCAGCAAGCUCCCAUCAUCCCCCAGCAGCAAAGAGAAGGUCCUGAAGGCUGUAACCUCUUCAUUUAUCACCUGCCCCAGGAGUUUGGGGAUGCGGAGCUUAUGCAGAUGUUCUUGCCUUUUGGCAAUGUCAUCUCUGCCAAAGUCUUUGUUGACCGUGCCACCAACCAAAGUAAAUGCUUUGGUUUCGUCAGUUUUGACAAUCCAACUAGCGCUCAGGCAGCCAUUCAGGCCAUGAACGGCUUCCAAAUCGGCAUGAAGAGGCUAAAGGUCCAACUAAAGCGGCCAAAAGAUGCCAACAGACCCUACUGACCCCUGUUCACCUUGGCCCUGAACACAGAUGGGAUGCCAUGCGGCGUACAAAGAGUGUUCCCCUUGUCCCACGUGCCGUUUCCAGACUUGUCACUCUCUUUCUUUGCAACAUAUCACGGAGAAGGAGGAGGAGGAGGAGGUGGAAGAGGAGGCAGGAUGCUCCUGAAAAAAGAGGAGAGCCAGUUUGGUUGUACCUUUUUCUUUCUUUUUUCUUUUCCAAAUGGGUUUGAUUUUGGGGGGUUGUUUUCUUUUUCUUUGUCUCUUUAAGACAAGAGAAAGCAAAGAAGGUGGUUGUGACAAUAUUGAACAAAAGGGAAAGAGGCGUCGAUAUUUGCCGACUCUAUACUCCAUGACCAGAAGAGGCCGCUGGAGAAGACUUUUUUAAAACAAACCCUCAGAAGGAGAGGGGUCGGAUUUUGCAAGAGGAAAAGGUCGCGGGCACAGAGCUUGCUGGUGGGACCAGCCUCUCUCUAAAGCACUUGAGCGAUGCUCGAGAUUUCAGAAGAGGGAGGCCUAACAGUUCUAAACCAAAGCCAGUGGGUUUGGACCGGGCCUAUAUGUUACACCUGGGAAACGCUUUUGUUUUUAAAAGGGGGAAAGAAAAAAAGGGAAUUUUUUUUCCGCAUCCAUUUGGAAACAUCAGUUGCUAAGAGGAUGUUGAACUUAACAGAAGAUAUAUAUAUAAAUAGGUCUAUAUAUCUAUAUCCCAUGGAUUGGGGUGGGGGGUGAGGAUUCUGUCCCACUUUAUCACCAGUCCAGGGAGAUGGGAUUAACUUCUUUCAAAGUCAUAUCAUUCCUUAGAGUUUAGGGACCAAAGGACUAUUGCUUUUUUAAUAUAUAUAUAAAUUAAUUUAAAAAACAAAACAAAAAAAGAAACUCAAAGAGGUUUAAAAAAACAAAAAAAAAAGCUUCAUGUCAAAGCUGCAAGUUGUUUCCAAGAGAAGCGAACGCAAGUACGCAAGCAAGCAGAUGUCUCAUUGUGAGCAGUGUGGUGAGUGCUGGUGGCCUUGUGACCGCAUUGAACGCUGUAGGGUUUGAGUGAGUAGAGAAGCUGACUGGAGAGGCUGGUUUGGGGGAGGUGUCUUGGCAGCAUCUCUCUCCUCUCUCCAGAGGGGCGCUUGAAUUUCAGAAAAUUGGAGGGGGAGGAGUGUAAGUGCAGCCCCUGAUCUGCUUCUCCCAUGCAUUGAAAGUUAAUGUAAACCAGUGUAAGAA